UCAGAAUUAUCAAUAUGGAAGUGAACAGAGGAAAUCACGAUGAGAGGAGGCCACAACGAACAAGUGUGGAAACAAUCGAGUGGACGCUGGAGCACCACAAGCAAUUCGUGGACACCAUGGUCCGAUUAGAAUUGGAUGAUCUCAGAAUCCGUACAGCCAGGCGGACGAUCCUGAUUGUGGAGCUCAUGAACAACGAGGCCUUGAGGCUUUUUCCGCGGUCAACUCUCUUGACCCACAUCUCCAACUUCAAGCGUUUCCAGAAAAUCCCUUCUCGCGGUUUUCAGAAAACUAGCGCUCACAGUGCUUUGAUGAGAGACUUGGAACGGCUUAACACUAAUAAGAAGGAGGAGGAGAAGGAGGACGACAUGUCGUUUUCAUGGAAACUGGAGCAUCAUAAGAAGUUUGUGGAGGCAGUGAUCCAGUUGGAGUUGGGCAAGGUAAAGGUAACCCCAAAGGGCAUUCUGAAGCUGAUGGACGAGAAGCACCGCCCGGGCCUCAGUGUUCGAGCAGUGGCGAAGCAUCUCUUGGGAUUAAUGGUUUUACAGAAAAAGACUCAAAUAUCACAUGUUCGAACUCAAUUAUCACAUUCUCAAACUCAAUACUACGCCAAAUUGGAGGAGGUUAGAAGAAUGAAAGAAAUCAUCCGCACCUUAUCUAAUGUGAAUAUCUCUCUCGUCACGCGACCUAAUGCAAAUAUCUCUCAAGUGAAGUGAAGUGACUAGUUGUGACUGUCACACUGGUUAAUGAGCAUGUGAUGUUUUUGCAAGAGAAAUAAGCUCGUGGCAACUCAUUGUUGCGACUAUGUGGCUAGAUUGGUUAAUGAGAUGUAUUUUUUUAUCAAUUGAAUAUGAAUAAUUCAGUUAUCUCGAAA